AUGAUUGAAAUUCUAGUACAAAAUGUUACCGUCAAUGAAAGGAAUCAUGACAGAGACACAGAGUUGCAUCAUUCUAAUCUCAAAGAAUAUAAAAGUAAUGAAUCGGAACAUCCAGAAGUUUCUGAAGAACAAACUGUAACGCCACUUCACAUUGCAGUCAUAUUAAAAAAUAAGAAAAUUGUAGAAAUAUUGUUAUCAAAAGGAGCAACUGUAAAUACAUCAAACAAUGAGGGGUACACGCCAUUGCACUUUGCCGUUAUGAAAAAUUAUAUUGAUAUCGCUCAACUUCUGCUAGACAACGGCGCUGAUAUUGACAUUCAAAAUAACAUUAAUCGUAAACCUUUUUAUUAUUCCAAAGAUCCAUGUAUGAGCAGCCUUUACAGUCUUUACAAAAUAAAAAUUUAUCUCAAUAAUGGAGGAAACAUUGAAGAUAAGGAUAACAAUUGUUAUACUCUAUUGCAUCUAGCUAUAAAGUAUAAUUUAAAAGAUGUUGUUCUUUUUUUACUGGAUAAAGAAUCAAACAUAAAUGCAGUAUCAAAAUUAGGUGAAACGCCACUUCACCUCGCUGCCAAAGAACGCAACAAAGAAAUCACACUUCUUUUAUUGGAAAAAGGAUUAAAUGUUAAUGCUACUACAAAUACAGGCUGCACACCUUUACACUUGGCAGCUGACUAUGAACUCCCUUUUCCAUUCGAUCAAAAAGAUGACUUUUUAAAAAUUUUACUUCAAAACGGCGCUAAUAUUACAGUUAAAAACAACUUUGGUUUGAUUCCUUUAAAUUAUGCCGUUAGAAGACAUUGUACGUUGGAUGUGAAAAGUCUUUUAGGUGAAGAACCUGACGUAACGAUAAGGACCUUAAAAUGGCAUUUUGUCUAUCAUUUUUCAAUCACUAUAUCAACUGACAAAAAAUUUAGAUCGUUUGUGAAAAAGCUUCUUCAGAAGCCAAAAACUUCCAAUAUUGAAGAAUUAAAGAAAUCUUUCAUUGAGUUUGAAGUACUACUGGGUGCUGUCAGACAUGGAUUCAGCGAUAUUGUUCAUAAUUUAUUAACACCUAACAUAAGCGUAAAUUGUCAAUUGCAAGAUGGAUAUACAUUACUUCAUUUUGCUUGUAAAGCUGAAAAUCUAACUGUUGUUGAACAACUUUUGCAAUGUGGUGCUGAUAUAAAUGCAAAAUCAAAUGUCUCCACUUCAUAUUUCAAUUAA